AUGUCUGGAGCGAAGAAUUUAGCAAAGACUGGCCUCGCACCUACGCCGACGCGACUGCGCCAGAUCGCUCUAGUGUCGAGGGACCUUGAACAAUCGAAGCAGCUUCUUACAUACAUACUAGGUACCGAGGUCAUCUACGAGGAUCCCGCUGUCCACCAGUGGGGCCUAAAGAACUUCCUCAUACCACUUGGCGGCGACAUCAUCGAGGUCGUUUCACCCUUCGAUGCGAAUACGACGGCCAGCCGGUUACUCGAGAAGCGCGGCGAUGGCGGAUAUAUGAUCAUCAUGCAGACCGAGGAUGCGAAGGAGCGGCGGGAGUACAUUGAGAAGAAAGGACUCGCCAAAGUCAUAUUUGACUAUGAGCAUGAUGACGCGGUAUGCGUGCAGUACCAUCCCAAGGGCAUUAAGGGUGGCAUGAUGCCUGAACUCGAUUCCCACGAACCCAGGGCAGACAAUCCAACGCCUCUCAAGUCCCGCUUCUCCCCAUGGCACGCAUGCGGCCCGGAUCACAGGCUCUAUUACCCUGGCAUGAAGCGUAGCGAACACCUCACAUUGGAAGGCUGCGUUCUACGGUUGCAGCCUGGCGACGUCGGCCACGAAGCAGGCGCACGACAAUGGGAAGAGAUUUUUGGCGUCGCACGGAGCCGAGAUCUACUUGCGUUCACCAACGCGAGAUUAGGGUUCAUCCCUGGAAGAGAAGGGCAACCUGAGGGCCUGGUAUCUAUUACGGUGGGCGUGAAUAGCAAGGGGAAGCUCGAGGCGAUCUUUGACAGGGCAGGGCAAGCGGGGGUGUGUGGCAAUGGAUCGAUUGAGAUGUGCGGUGUCAAGUGGUUCUUCUCUUUGACAGGACACAAUCAGUCCAAGGGCAAGCUAUAG